AUUCGAUUUCACUCCAUGUCCUACGAUAACUAAAAAGCAACACUAGAGACCUCCACUUACGCCUCAAACUUAUCCAAGCACUCAUAUAAACAUACAUAUACAAAUAUAUAUAUAUUUGCAUCUCAAAAUAACUAUAACCCAUUUUUUAUAUGUUGUUUUUGGUUUGUUGAAAUGAAAGUAGUGGGAGUAGUAGCGGUAGUAUUGUUGGUUUUGUUGGGCACAAUUAAUGGAGUAGUGUUGGUAGAAAGCCGAUCAAAAUCAAGAAGAAAGAGCAAUGAGUUUGAGUACUCAUACUCCGCCAUUAGUUGCAGAUCCAAGAGUGUGUCGUUGGCUGGUUUUGGAGGAGUUGGGGAUGGAACGACAUCAAACACCAAGGCGUUUCAGUCUGCCAUCAACUAUCUGAGUCGUUUCUCGUCAGAGUCGAAGGGUGGGUCCCUUCUCUAUGUCCCACCUGGAAAGUGGUUGACCGGAACCUUCAAUCUCACCAGCCACUUCACUCUCUUCCUUGAUAAAAAUGCUCUUCUACUCGCUUCUCAGGAUGAGAAUGAAUGGCCACUGCUUGCACCUUUGCCAUCAUAUGGAUUAAGAGGCAAUUCAACAGGUGGAAGAUUCAGUAGUCUCAUCUUUGGAACCAAUCUUACUGAUGUUGUAAUUACAGGGGACAAUGGCACUAUUCAUGGUCAAGGUGAAUCAUGGUGGAAAAAGUACCGUGCUGGAGAGCUAAACCAUGAGAGGCCAUUCCUGAUUGAACUCUUGUUUUCUGAGAAUGUUCAAAUAUCUAAUAUCACUUUGAUUGAUUCUCCUAAUUGGAACAUACAUCCUGUUUAUUGCAACAAUGUUAUUAUUCAAGGCAUCACAAUCCUUGCUCCUGUAACAUCUCCAAACACUGAUGGUAUCAAUCCUGACUCUUGCACCAAUACCAGAAUUGAGGAUUGUUACAUUGUCUCUGGAGAUGAUUGUGUGGCAAUCAAGAGUGGUUUGGACAAAGCUGGCAUUGCUUUUGGUAUGCCAACCAAACACCUCAUCAUCAGACGCCUCACCUGCAUAUCUCCGACCAGCGCUGUGAUCGGUCUUGGGAGCGAGAUGUCUGGUGGGAUUCAGAAUGUGAGGGCGGAGGACAUUGUCGCCAUCAAUUCAGAGUCAGGAGUUCGGAUCAAAACAGGCAGAGGAAGAGGAGGGUUUGUCAAGGAUAUCUAUGUAAGAAGGGUGAGAAUGAGUACCAUGAGAUGGGUGUUUUGGAUGACAGGGAAAUAUAGCCUUCAUGACAGUAGUGGUGGUUAUGAUCCUGAUGCUCUACCGGUGAUUGACAACAUAAAUUACCUUGACAUGGUUGCUGAGAAUGUGACAAUGGCAGGCUCCUUGGAUGGAAUCUCAGGAGACCCUUUUACUGGACUAUGCAUCUCCAAUGUCACAAUUGGACUGGCAAAGAAAGCAAAGAAACUGCAAUGGAAUUGUACGGACGUUAGUGGGAUUUCAAGUGGUGUAGUUCCAAAGAUCUGUGAGCUACUCAAUGACCAGGGCUCAGAGAAGAGAACAGCUUGUGAUUUCCCACAGGACAUCUUGCCUAUUGAUGAUGUUAAACUCAACAAGUGUUUUUUCAGGGCCUAGCGCUUUAUGACAAUAUCAUUCAAAAGCAAGGACAAACAAAGUAGGCAAAUAAUAAUAAAAGAAACUAUAUGUU